AUGAAGAAACCAGAACUUUGUCUUCUUCUCCUCCUCUCCCUCCUCACCUUCUCCUUCUUUUCCACCUCCACUGCUUCCCACCAUGACCAAAGCUACGACCUUAGAGAGAAGCAGGAGUGGCAAAAGGGAGGGAAUAAUCCUUACGUCUUUGGCGAAGAGAGCUUUGAGUAUUUAGUGAGAUCUGAGCAAGGAAAAGUUAAGGUGCUAAAGCCCUUCCCUGAAUUGUCUCCUUUGCUUCAAGGGAUUGAAAACUAUAGGAUUGACUACCUUGAGACUGAGCCUCUCACUUUUGUCGUGCCAACACAUCUUGACGCAGACUCCAUUUUCUAUGUUGUUGAAGGUGAGGGAGCUAUUGCCUUAUUGCAUGAGGGGAGUAGGGAGUCCCAUAUUCUUGAGAAAGGAGACAUCAUAAGGGUUUGGGCUGGCAGCAUUAUAUAUCUGAUCAAUAAGAGCAAGAAUCAAAAGCUCAAAGUUGCCAAGCUUCUACAACCUGUUGGAAAUCCAGGCAGAGUCCAGGUGUUCUACAGUGCUGGUGGAGAUCAGGAGGCAGAGUCAUACUACCAGAGCUUCAGCAUUGAACUUCUGGAGGCUGCUCUGAAUACAAGAAGAGAUCGGUUGCAUCAAUUCUUUGCAAGUCAAAGGAGCGAGGCAAUAAUUAAAGCUCCAGAAGAGAAGAUUAGAGCCAUAGCCCAGCAUUCCUCCAGAUCAGAAAGUGGUCCUUGGCCUUUUAUCAGAUCUAAGAGGCCUUUUAACUUGUUGAACAAACAGCCAAGCUAUAAAAACCGCAGAGGCCAACUUUAUGAGGCUGACAAGAAUGACUACGAUGAGCUCAAAGAUCUUAACGCCAGAGUCUCCUACACUGACAUCAGCCGUGGAUCAAUGUUAGCUCCUUUCAUCAACACAAGAGCUUUCAAGAUAGCGGUGGUUGUGAAAGGAAGCGGCUACGUGGAAAUAAUCAGCCCUGAAGAAAAGGAUAAUUGGCUCAGACAGAGCAGGAGAGAGCACAAAGAAGCAGAACCAUGGCGCCAGCCGGAAGCUGAAACUGGGCGACGUUACAGAAGAGUGAGCUCUCUGCUAUCAGAAGGCUCUGUCUUCGUCAGCCCACCUGGUCACCCAACAGCCAUUGUUGCCAGCAAAGAACAGAACCUUCAGAUUGUGUGUUUUGAGGUUCGAGCAGAGAACAAUGAGCUGGUUUUUAUUGCAGGGAAGAACAAUAUAUUGAGUGAGCUGCAGGAGGAGGCGAAGGAACUGGCGUUUGGAGUGCCGGCGAAAAUGGUGGAUGAGGUGUUGAGAGGGCAAGAGGAGGAGGUUUUCCUGGCGGGGCCAAGCGAGAGGGAGAGGGAGACUGAGAGGGAGGAAGGAGGGAAGCAUGAGAAGCCAUUAAGGGAGUCUAUUAUGGAAGUUGUUGAAGGGUUUUAA